AUGUCUAUCUUCAUGAUCAUAAUGGGUCUAGUGACAUUUAUUCACGAUGCGGAAUCAAUGCGUGGGAACUGGUAUCUCAAUGAAAAUCUGACCCACAUUCCAAAGGAAUGUAAAAAAGAUCUUGAAAAUCAAUUUCACAAAGAGUGCGGAAAGGUUGGUGGCGAGUUCAAAAAGUUUGAGGUUUGCAAAAUCCAAUGUAUGGUAACCAUUGACAAUUUUGUUAAAAAUCAGUACGUAACGUUGAAGGAUGGCCUACCUUGUGGACGAUAUGGUGAGACAUGCAGAGCUGGACUAUGCCGUGGUCCAUGUGACGUGCAGUUCUUUAACCAAGUUUAA